AUGUGGGAGAACAUCAGAAGGUUCGGCCAGCAGUACUACGACCUGCCAACCAUGUUGUGGAACGUGUCCACCAUGCUACGGGCGGUUGCCUUGAAUAUAGACCCUAGGGACAAGAGACCCGUGAGCUUCCUGUUGUACGUGUGUCUGGUGAUGAUGGCAGCGAUCUACUACUACGUGUACCUGGUGUCGAUGGUGUGGUUCGUGUUUUGGCGCUGCCGGCAGACUGGCGAGCUCCUGGUUGCCGUCAUCGUCUUCUCACUCGGAGCCAGCACCGAGAUUAGCAUGACGAAGCUCCUCUGUGCCUUUAUUUUUCGUAAACAGCUGAGGAGUAUAAUAGCAGAGUAUCUCGCCUGCGACGCCUUAGUGGAGCCCGGCACACGCUUCGCCGCAAAUCUGAAUACAAUUCUGAGAGCGGUGAAGAAGCGAGCCAUAAUAGUGUGGAACGUCAUCGUGUGGAACGGCAUUAUAUAUGUGGUGAAACCGCUGUUGAAGCCUGGCAGGCACUUCCCGGAAGACGGAUUUGUGUUAUGGGGCCUAGAACCAAUGAUGUCGUCUCCUCUCUACGAAGUGGCGUUCACACUGAACGCAAUAAGCAUCUACGUCACUUGUUAUCCUGCUGCUAACGUGACGUCACUGUUCAUCAUCAUCACGGGGUACACUGAAGCUCAAAUGCUUGCCUGGAGUGAGGAGUUGAAGCAGCUAUGGGAUGACGCUUUAGCUCAUUGCAGAGAAAACUCGUCAAUAGAAGACGGACAAACACAAAAGGAAACAGAUAAAAAACUGAACGAAUACAUCACAACUCGUCUCAUACAAGUCCUGGACGGUCAUACAAAGAUGAUAAACCUGCUGCGUCAAGUAGAAGAAGUGUUCAGAGUCCCCGUUGCUAUAGAGUUCUUGCUUCUUAUAAUCGGGCUCAUUGCAGAGUUACUAGGGGGCUUAGAAAAUACCUAUAUAGAGUUGCCAUUCGCGUUAAUAUUAGUAGGUACUGACUGUUUUUCAGGUCAAAGAAUAAGGGAUGCCAAUAUGGCGUUUGAGCACGCGGUAUACGACUCUAAGUGGGAGAACUUUGACCCGGCUAACAGGAAGAUUAUAAUGUUGAUGUUGCAAAAUUCUCAGAAGAUUAUGAAGUUGUCCGCCGGCGGCAUCGCGACUUUGAGUUUGGAAUGUCUUAUGGCCGUGUUGAGAUUGACUUAUUCGGCUUAUGCCACCUUGAGAACCACUAUGCAUUAA